AUGAUUGAUUAUGUUUUACUAAUUGGUAUAAAAACUUUAGCUGAAUGCCCCCAAAUUGGUUUAUUCGCUGAAAAGAAAUCACAAUCUAAAUAUAUAGACAAUUUAGAAAAUGUUAAUGUAGAAUGUGAUAAAUGUGAGUUUUUUGAAAUUCAAUUUGAUUAUUCACCACUAUCACACACAAAUGUCGUGGUAUUCGCCACCAUGUUAUGCAAACAAGAUUUAUGUUGCAAAAAUUAA